CCCGCGCGCUCACGCGAGCCUUUUCCUUCCCCGCACCCAAGCUUUCGUCAGCCUUGCCUCUCCUCCUGCUUCCUCUCCACAUCCACCAAAUUCAGCAGACGCCGCACCGGAGACCAGCUCAGCUACUCGUUUGCCUACUGCCUUCUUCCUGCCUCUCCCCCAACACACACCAGCGUCGCCAAUGGCCAUGCGUGCCUCGUCUCUGCUGCGUCUGCCCUGGACGCGCUCGCCGCACCUGUCGCCGGCGCAGGCCCUCGCGCUCAACACCUACCUCGUCGUGGCGCACGACUCUUCUGCGCCGGGCGCGCUAGAGCGGCGCAUGGCCGUGCGCGAACAGCACCUGGCCGAUGCGCGCGUCGGCAAGCAGCACGGCACCAUUGUACUCGGCGGAGCUCUGCUCUCGCGCGACUUCGCACAGCUGGGUCCCGAGGGGCCCAAGGGCGCCAUGGCCGGCAGUGCGCUUCUCGUCAAGGCACAGUCCCUCGAGGAGGUGCGCGAGCGUCUCAAUGCCGACGCCUACGUCACGGGCGGCGUCUUUGAUGCCGCUCGCAUCGCCAUCUAUCCCUUCCAACAAGCCAUGGCUUCGCCCGCUGUUGCUGCCACCACGCACACGCAGCCCUUCUCCGCACUCGACCACAAGGCAAACGCCACGCUCGGACAGCUGAGAGAGAAGCCGGCGGCG